AUGAGUUAUUCGUAUGGGAGUUCGGCUUUUGAGGAUACAGUUGUGCAUAACAUGGAUGUCAGUUGUAAUUGUGGUGACAAAUUGCAUUUGAAAACUUCUUGGACUGCAAGGAAUCCGGGAAGGAGAUAUUGGGCAUGCCCUAAAUACGGGAGUGCUGGCUAUUGUGGUAUUUUCAUUUGGUAUGAUCCAGAAAUGUGUGAAAGAUCAAAAUCAAUUAUACCGGGUUUGUUGAACAAAAUGAAUAAGUACCGACAUGAACUUGAGCAAUUGAACAUUAGAGAAAGGGAAGGGGCGAUACGAUUGGAGGUGGCUAUGAGAAAAGUCGAAGAUAUGGAGAAGGAGCUAAGAGUUUCGAAGAAGUCUGCCAAUACAUUGUGGAACGUUGUUAUAUGCCUUUCAGCAAUGUUGUUCAUGUUUAUUUUAUGUUUCAAGUAG